AGUAUUCAUUUUCUUAAUUGGUUAUUUUGCUACCGCGUAAAGGUUAUCAACGACAGAAAAAUUUUCAGAAAGUUCUGCUUUCAAAUUUAUGGCCGGGAUUGUGGGUAGAUUUUCAUAAGAUUUUCGCGGUUUCCACGAGGAAUUCAGAUAAAAUACCCUUACGGUACGAACACGGAGCAAUACUUCAAAUCCCUCUGGAAUGUCACGCAACAAGGUUUUCGUGACAUCAAUUACAAAACGGCAUUGAACCUGAAGGAGACUACAGAAAAAAUAGCCAAUUUAUGUCUGAGAGGAACACAUCUCUUGAGACAUCUAAAUAAAUAAAAAUCACGUUUGUUAUGAAAAUCAACUGCCUUGAUCGUUUCGUUAAAUGCAAUUUCAAGAGCGAUAUAGUCUUACAUCACCCUUCCGGGAUUCUUGCCAACGAUAAAAUCGUAAACGAUGGUUCAUGUUUGGUUUUCUUGGAGUUGCGAGUUUUUUUUACUGUAAUCGUAUUUUUUUUUUUUAAGUUGACGAGUCUUUGAUGGACAAAAUGCUUUUCCUUUAAGAAAUUCAGGAACAUUCAGCUCUUUUUGAAGUUGAUCCAAAUAAUUAUGGAUCCAUUCAAACCACUGACAAGGCUCAAACGAUUAAUAAAAAUUAGCUGAAUCCUUUUCUAUCCAAUAUCUAAAUUUUAAAACCCUUUGCUCUCAUGUAACGUUUAAAGCUCCUUAUAUUCUAAAAAUAUCCUUUUGUAUACCUGGGUUUCAUCGGGUAAAGGAAAUACUAUUUGGCAAUAGUUUACUGAUCUUUCGCUACCUUUUAUCGCAGCGAUAUUUGACAGAUCAAGCUGUGAAAACAGAUAAUAUUUCAUUAAAAUCCCACCGACUCUUUCAGUAAUUAUUCCCACAAAGUCUAGCUUUCUUGCAAACUGCCUUGAGCCGGUUUUAUCCGAUCACAAAGGCCUUCUUCUGGGAAUAUUCUCCUACAGCCACGCGUGGUAGAAGAAUCGAAAUAUUUCAAGGUUUACAACUUCUUUAAAAUUUUUCAACUGUACCAUUUGCAUCGCGACAGGACAACUUUUUUAAGCUUUUCUAAGCUUGUCUUCAUUGCGGGAUCAUCGUUUACACAAUCAGUUUUCCCUCACAAAAGGUUUGUGGUCUUUCAGUAGUUCAUCCAUUGUUUGCAACCGGCCCUAAUUAGCCACAUUCAUAUGAUUGUUUUCAAUUAUUUUUGUAGCGUGUCUGUAACAGAUCCGACACUGCUGGAAUUACAGCGAACCGUACAAGUUUGUCGUGCUUGUGUUUGCAUGAACUACCAAGCGGAUUAGGCAGAAAUGCUGUAAGAACUAGGACAAAAAGCACAGAACUACAAUGGAGUGGAUUUUUCUGAGAAUUCUCGCAGUAUACUGUACUUUAAGGACGGUCUGUUUUGCCGCAAACGGUGAUUUUACAUCAAGAACCUGUCAGCUACCAAAAUUUACUGGAAAGGGCUAUGUAGCAUUUACUGGAGAAAUAACGAGACUGUUUCUUGAGAAAAAUAACCACAUAACAGCUCGAGUUUACGUGCGAAAUGUAUUUCGCAGGGACGCGCAUUUAGGUAGCGUUUCCGAUAUAAAUGCCAUCGAAAGAGCGUCAUCUUGUGAUCACCGACACAAACUGGAAGACGUGAGACUUUGGGUUGCUAAACGACACUCCAGCGGAUUUUUGACUGCAGUUGCUUCUUUGCCUGUCACGAUGAAUAUGAUAGAUGAAGUCCUCAGAGCACUCCCAGAUGAUUCUUUCGACAACGGCAAAUUGUUAGCUUUCCAACAAGGGAUAGAACCAUGCAACGAGAGUAACUGUCGAUAUGGCGGAGUGUGUGAAGAAGAUUCCAACGGGCGUUCUCAGUGUCUGUGCAGGAUAUACUGUGCCAGACAGUAUGAUCCAGUUUGUGGAACUGAUAGUAAGACGUACAACAACCCUUGCCUCAUGAGAGCGGCUAGCUGUCAGUAUCAGAGGGAUAUCACGCGCCUUCGUUACGGGAAGUGUGGUAAGUAUGAGAGCUGGUACAUGGUGCGAAGCUCGUGA